AUGUUUUCGGCAUCCACAAAUUUGCUUUACUUCGGCUCAUUACUCCUGGCGAUCUCUGCGGUUUCUUCGUAUGGACAGCGAAAACUGGACUGGUGCGAUCCGGCACUUUGUCCGAAUGGCAAGUGGCAUGUGGCGUGCGAUCAUAAUGGCCGCUUCGGCGAUAACUGCCCCGAAGAUGCUUUACUCUACGAUCUGCGUUCAUAUCGUGAGCACAUACUGCACGAACACAAUAAGCGACGCAAUUUCGUAGCGCUCGGCCAACUGCCCGGCUAUUAUCCAGCUGCGCGUAUGGCAACCAUGGUGUGGGACGAAGAACUCGCCUAUCUCGCGUCGUUGAAUAUAAAAAUGUGCUAUGUGGAGCAUGACGACUGCAACAACUCCUAUCGUUUUCCAACUGUGGGACAAAAUCUCUCCGGCGUCGAUCGGCGACGCGACUUGGACGCCAGUGUAACCGAUAUAAUGGCAAUGUCAAUGGGUUUGUGGUUCGGUGAAUACCCGCUCAUCGAUAGCAACUACAUAAGGUCUUUCCGCGUUUCAUCGAAUUUUGAGAAGUAUGGUCACUUUGCGGAAAUGAUGAUCGAUCGCAACACACAUGUCGGCUGCGCCAUGUCGCGUUACACACACCCCACCUACCCGUUCCUCUACAUCUACAAUACGGCUUGCAAUUAUGCCAGCAAGUAUGCGCUGGAAACGCCUGUUUAUCGUGUGGGCGAACCCGCAUCGGAAUGCGAAACCGGCCCCAAUCCCAAUUAUCCAGGCCUCUGCUCGAAGCGCGAGAAAUUUAAUCCCAAUUAUGAUUAAUUACCUCUGUAUGGCCAGCAAAACUGAAAAAAACAUAACAAAAACAAUACAAAGUACAAAUGAAAUCUCUGAUUAAUU